AUGAAACACCUUGUUCCUCAAUUCCCUUCCGUCUUGGCCAUCUAUUGCUUCUGCAUCCUACAGAUUCCCUCUUCAGGAUUUCCUCGACCUCUAGCUGAUCCCCCAGAUGGCUUGGAUGUCAUGCAGCUUGAGCGUCUGGCAUAUUGGGCAACUCUUUCUAGGCAACCUAAGGAUAAUCAAGACAUAUACAAAAGGUUUUUAUUUCACUACUCCAGAACUCAGAAGCUGACACAGCCAGUUAAAAGUGGGAUUCCUCCCGUGCACCCGUUAAUGCGCCUGGCCGCGCAGCUCGCAGACCGGAGGGUGAAAAGAUUUCCGCAACAGCGCGACUCAGGGACUGCCGCAGUGGAUUUCACCAAGAAGGAUCACACUGCCACCCGGGGACGACCAUUUUUCCUUUUCAGGCCAAGGAAUGGAAGAAACACGGACGUUAACACCCAGUAG